CUUCUUAAAGCUCUCGCAGAAAAAAACGCUGGUGAGGUAUGGCGCCUUAUUGCAGAAGGUAGCAAACAGGAGACUCUAAAAACGCCUUACAGUAUCUGCGAAACUGUUAAGGGCAAACUUAAGAGCCAAAUAAGAUGCAACGGUCCAUGUGGAUGUGGCCGAAGCGGACGUGAACGGGGAGGAGAAAAGUACCAACUGGAACGCGAAGAGGAACAACAGUGGAUAAACAUACUUUCCGAUCCACUGUAUAUCUGCUUGAAUUGGUUAUGGAGGAACAACCCAAACGGUGGAUCAGCGACCUCUUCUAAUCAACAAGGAACAAAGAGGGAAGACGUCAUUGAAGGUGCACUGCACGAUGCUAAUCUCUUGGAGAAAAUUGCUCUGUACGAGCAUCAUUACAGCCGAGACGAGUACACGAGGCGAGCAGAAGCAUAUGAAAAAUUUGCCAUCGACGUUGUUGAAGGAAGUACUUGGGGCCAACUCCUUGAGAUAAUGGAUGACAAGGGAACUGGAUGUCUUUUAAUGAAGAAGCCAGGGAAUUUCAGAGUCUGAGUCUACUCAAGACUGCUGCUGAUAAAGAAAGAAAGCUGGUAUGUAUGGCUUUAUUACUUAUAUGCCCUUCCAAAAUUCAACGUUCGUUUCCGUUUGUUAGUUUUCAUUUGACUUUUGUUGUCGCAGAUUCCUAGGACAGUUUCACUAGACAACUUUUGAGUUUAGAAAUGUAAUUUCUGGUUUUCAGAAGACGACGUCAUCAAAAUUCAAAACUAAAGAAUUAUAGGUCCUCUUUCAUGAAGAAAUUAGAGCAGUUGAAGACUAAUAUUUAUACAAAUUUGCGCUUUGAAAGGACUCUUUGUUUUGUUAUAGAGUGCGUUUGCAUAAUUCCUAAGCAUGACGCAGGGUGUAUGUAAUCUACCUUACAGACAUGAAAAAAAAUAAAACAAAACAACAAAAAAAAAAUUGCAAUAAAGUCACUUGGCAUACAUAACAAAAACGGCUAACUUUUUUGUUUUGUCUAUAGGCUGAGAUUAUUGCAUAUUUAGCCGUUGUCUAAACUCCGACGCGGUACUCUUUACAUGACGGCCGAAGGAGCUGUCGUGUAGAUUAAAAAAGGGACUUGUUUCAGUUCUUGUAUUAGAAAACUAUUAGUUUAAUGUUUGUGAGUUCCUCGAGAAAUGAAUAGACCUAUCGGCUAUUAAGAGCGAAUCCAUGCAAAAAUCGACCAAAAUCGCCGAUUCGUGGCCAGGCUCAAAAAAUCAAAAUCGCUCUUCUUUUGCAGACUGGUAGACUUUAGUAAGCAUACAAACGCAAUGUAGUUUUUACUUCGACAGAUAUGUUCGUUUCCGAGAAAAACGAAGAAAACCGUUUCAAGCCCCACCGUCGAUUUCGCAAGCCAAAAACAGGGUUGAAAUUCAUCAUGAUUCGCUGGACUCGCGUUCCAAUACAGCCGCGCUAGGAAAAAAAUAAUUGCUAAAAUUUUAAGUUUAACUCGUCGUUGAUCAAAAUAUAUAAUAUUUUUAGCAUUACAACAGUCUGAGUAAUUAUAAAAUAGCUAAAGCGUACGGCUACCUGAUGUUUAGCGACGAAAGGUCGUUAAAAACAGCGACGAUUUUCAACAUGUGCCUUUGAUCAGAAUUUUUUCAGAUUGAAGGAGAAUACACUACAGGCAUCAAACGUUUACGUUAUGUAAAAAUUAUUUUGGGGAAAUCAUUUUGAGCUUCUCUUUUGAAAAUCGUUUUACAGACAACAUAAAGUAACGCCAUCUUUAACAUAUGCGUGACUAUCGUCGGGCGACCAGGCAAAGGUCAUGAAACGUCUCUCCAAAAAAGUCUUGGUAAUAUUCACGCACAAAGUUCCAAAUGCUAAAAUACUUACCCUAUUCUUUUUUUCAGGUCUAGUUUUUCGGCAAAAUGUUUCCCGUUGCCAUCUGUUCAUUGCCAUUCUAUAUUAAACUCUGUUUGAGACUCAUAACCAACACGCAUGCUUUCUAACGAAAGUUCGCUUAGCAAACACGUAGUAAACCCUCUCUUCCUUAUCUGUCAACAACUUUUGUCUCGAAAUGCUGCUGGACACCGCAGAAGGAAGCGCCAAUCUGAAGGAUAUAAAAGCGCCCAUGCAAACGUUUUGUGACUCAGUAUGCAAAUUACUUUCAACAGUAAUAUCAGAUUACAACUGUCAAGAUCCCGGGCCGCGGGGUCUGGAUCCGCUAAAAGCAGGCGAAAAGCAAACGUAAAACAUGCGUAUAAUAUAAAAUUUUUGAAAAUGGAGAAUUUAAUUGGUAGCCUCCCUGAAGAUUUUCAUUGCUUCAAGACGUCGGCAUUAUCACAUCUAAAGAUGUCUUAACAAAAAAUUGUGUACAUGUUUUCUUCCCAUCUUCACAGGUGGAACUUCCAUUUGUUGGCUGCACGUGGGUAAUCCUGGCCUGCACGUGCGUUAUUUCAGAGUGCCCUCUUAAUAGAGGACAAAUGUAAUUUCUGCUGUGCUAAAUGUCACUUUUCGUGAAUGUAAACAAACAUUAUUGGGGGCGGUGGGGGCAGGAGAAGUACAAAAAAAAAAGUAUUCGCGGAAGAGAAAAUUAAAUGAAAAAAAAUUCAUGCACGCCAAUUAACCCUAAAAAAUAUUCAUGCCACGGCCUAAAACUGAAAUUCAUGAAGGAAUUUGAUAACGAAAAAAAAUUCCUGCGGCUCAAAAAUUCCCCACCUAACCCCCCAUAACUUUUCUAAUGGUCCGUGCCUAAUAGAUAAGAUUUCUCUUCGUGAUCCCCAGUGUCCUUGUAAGAUUCUGCAAGCGCAUCUGCUACUGAGCUUCAAGUCAAUGGCUUCGUCAUUCGCCAUAUCCGCACACGUUGUCUUGAAUGAGGUACAAGUCAGUCGUUUGAAGUAAAUGUAAAAAAGAAUAGAAUAAAAUAAAACGACAACAACAAAUGCCAUCAGAACUGGACUAUGAUCUUUGAAUUUAAAAAAAUAUAUAUUUACUCUGGGGGAAAUUGGGUUUAAUUUCAAACUAAGAGAAAAACUGAAAGGUUUAUCGGACAGAUUAGGUGGAUUGGUACCGUACCCGGGAGACUCUGGGUUAUCUAAGAGAGUUGACAACUAUGAUAAACUUUAUACAGUAUUCGUAGAUUGAAUCUAAGUGACUUAUUAGAAUAUAAUACAGUGAAUAAACCAAGAGUACCUGAACCUACAGGAAUGAGGAUACCGGUUUGCUGAUAGAUAUAUUCUGAAAUGUUCUUCCUCUAACUCUUUUGUCGGUUUUAACAGGUUUCCCUCUUCUUUCAAUUAUGUGAUCGGCGAUUUCGUUUGGAACUUGGCACGAAUUGGUAUAACUGUUCCGUCGCCAUCCAAUACCGAGCUCAGAACGAUGGAAAGGGCAUAUAUUAAAGGAACUUAGGGCGCUUUCCAUUUGUCAGUACUGGCCAGCUGGACCUUUGCCUGACCAGUCAUUUUGAAAAUGAAAUAGGAUUUUUCCAAGAGUUUUGCCGAAAAACGUUCUCUUUCGAGCAUACUCUUUCGGAUUUGACUGAUCUAGUGCAACGGGAAUGGUCUGGCUGGUCAGUUCUGAGCUAAAAUAAAGUGUGUUUCGCUUUCAUUACCAGAAAGAGACCAUGUCGACCUAUGUCCAGUUACGUCCUUAAUAGUUUGACAGCGACAAAGGAACAAUCUCAGUUGAUCUCUGCUUAUCCCUUCCAUCAAACGAACACAGAGUACCUACUAAUGACUCGAAGGAGCACCAACCUUCCAUAGCUUCAUCGAAGAAGAGCGCACACAAACAGUGUUUAUGCAAAGAUCUUUUUCUUUUUCAAGUGGGAAUGAACGGUUGUCGAGAAUCAAAUUAAACUAAAUUUAAUUCGAUAAUGUUAAUCAAAUGCCUAAAAUGUCAAAAUAUUAAAGAUACUUGUCAGGUAAAAUAAUGUCAACUGGAAUAUUUUUGAAGAAGGAAGAGUAUAAAAGAUGAAUCUUCUUCAGUGUACUGGAAGUAACGGGCGAAAGUCGGUGAAGCUCGUCACGUGUAUAUCACCGGAAGUAGACCCUUGGCACACUCCUAUGCAAAUGACAUUAGUUAAAGUGAACGGAUCCACGAGCAAGCAACUUUGCUUUGACAGUUAAACUACCGAGCUAUAUUUUAUAGACGGCUUUUUUAAGGUCCAGGGCUCUCAAAAAUUUAACAAACAUGAGAUGAUAACUUGAAAACAUUAGAGAAAACAGAGGGAUGAAGAAAUUACCAGAAAGAUGUCACGCACCUUCAACGCACACAUUCCAGCGGACUUCACGAUUACGGUAGCAUAGGUGAUAAGACGGCAAAAUGAAACAACUUGGAGCUUGAAGUACAACAGAUACAAGUUAAGGUAAGCUUUUUAAAAAAUGUGUUCUAUAUCAAGGCUACUAGCGUUGUAAACGGAAAACUAAAGUCAAAUUGUUCGUGGUGGUCGUGUGACUCAUGUGUUGGAUGCCGUUAUUUUAGGUUGUCUGUAACACGAAUUUCAAAUAAUUUCUGAGAAGCUCAAAAUGAUUUCCCCAAAAUAAUUUUAACAUAACAUAAUAGUUUGAUGCUUGUAGUGUUUUCCCCUUCAAUCUUGAAAAAUUCUGAUCAAAGGCACAAGACGAAAAUCGUCCCUUUUUCAACUACCUUCCGUGGUUGAACAACAGGUAGACAUACGCUUUAGCUUUUUUAUAAUUACUCAGACUGUUUUAAUGCUAAAAAUAUUAUAUAUUUUGGUCAACGACGAGUUAUACUUACAAUUUUAGCAACAAGCUUUUUUUCUAGCGCGGUUGUUUUGAAAUGCAAGUCGAGCGAAUCAUAGUGAAUUUCAACCCUGUUUUCGGCUUGCGAAAUCGACGGCGGGGCUUGAAACGGUUUUCUUGUUUUUCUCGGAAACGAACAGAUCUUUCGAAGAAAAAAGCACAUGGCGUUUGUACACUUACUAAAGACUAUCAGUAUGCAAAAGAAGAGCGAUUUUUAUUUUUUGAGCCUUGCCGCACUUUGGUCGAUAUUUGCAUGGAGUUACUCUUAAACUCAAUGUUGUACCCAAUUCAAAUCUCUCGUGAUUAAAGUUCUUUGUGUCUUGUAUUUGGGUUAUAAUGUGGCAUUCUCAUUUAAAUGAUAUGAAAAUUCCUGAAAAAAGACGUUUUAUUCCCAAAGGGUUUGAAUUGGGUACAACACUGAGUUAGCCAAAUAGGUCUAUUCACGCUUUCGUAACAAAACUCAGUAACAGAUGUUUCUGUUGGUUUCCCGCUUCUGCAUUGGUGCCCAUGCGGUUGGGCACACGGCGUCUCCAUACAAAUCUCCAUAAAUUUGGGUAAGACAUUUCGCAGGAUAUCUCGCAUAUGGAAAACUGCUCUGACCUUAAUAUUUGCGAGGGUCUUUGCAUGCAUAUUUACCUUGUUUCAUUUCUCAUAUGCCUAGUCCCUGGACCGCGUUUUCCCAGGCCUUCUCGGUCAAUCUUCCUCGCUCGGACCACGUGACCCGAAAGGGACUAAGGCAAAUUUUAAUCUAUUUUGAUUGGUGCGUCACUGAAAACCAGCAGUACCUACCAAAAUUCAAUGCUCGUUUGCGCUUCUUAGUUUUCAUGUUUAUUGUCGCAGAUUCCUCGGACAGUUUAACAAGCUAGACAAGUUUGGAGUUUAAAAAUGCAAUAGCCUGCGUAUAGCUGUUGUUUUUUUGGUGUGAUUUUCGUUUAAGGUUCGCAUUUAUACGGCCGCGUGCGAGGUCUGAGAUAAAGCGACGGGUGAGGAUGGCGAGGGAGCUGAGGGAGAGAGAGAGAAAGUUUGGCUUACCCGUUAUAAUUUACUUGUGGUCCUAAGUCCUUAUGAGUAGUUUUGGAAGGGAUUUCAAUCAGAUCAAAGACAGACAAGUAUUAUGACUUACCAGGGUGAUUAAAAUAAUUAAGCAAAACCUCGCCGAAUUCCACUGUUUGAAAAGCAAGCCUUCGUCCUGAAUAUCCGCGUAGAUUAGAGCAGGUGUCCGGUCAAUUAAACGAUGAACUAGCGUUGAAUGGAUAGCGGACGUCGCGUUAUAAAAAGAGCCUUCAAUUGCAAGAGAACUUUGCCCGCCAUUACAAGAGUGUCAGCUACAUGAUGUAUAUCAGUGAACUAGGAGACCUAGGCGAUAAAAAGAUCAAGCCCUCACACUAUUAUUGCUAACUCUCUCAUAGAAAUUGUCUGAUCGAGAAGACUACACUUGAGUGAUCGACUGCACUGAGUAAAAAAAGUAUAUUGACCUCAUUACGCUGCCAUGACAACUCGAUUUCAACAAAUUCUUUGUCAAAUUUUUAUUUCUAUUAUUGUGCCACUUUGGAAGCCUUUCUUAAUGAUGAAUUUAAGGAAUAAUGAGGCAACAGCAACAAUUAGAAAAAACAGUUUCAGGGAAUUAAGAUAAGCAGUUCUAGCAAUUAUGAAACAAACAGUGUUAAUUAAAUCGUUGAACGUUAUUUAAAUAGCCCUUUUUACCUUUCUACAGACCACGUGAUUUUCUCCAGGGAAUUUGCCUUUUGUCUUGUCAUAAAAUAUGCAUAAAUAUGCACGUGGAUGCACGUGCGGAGGACGACAUUUGAGAGAAACAGUUCCCUGGGUAGUCUGAAAUGUUAUAUGUCUCCACCCACUAACCCAUAGGCGGGUCUCUCUUUACCCGCAGCCCCCACAGGUUAGGGGUGGAGACGUAUGACAUUUCAGACUAUUCUCUAGGGCACCAUCACGUGCUCUGAAUUGAGAAACAAAACAUUCAAGCUAAAUAUAUCUAUUGCCUUUCUAUUCUCACUUUGUGGCGAGUCCCAAAUGUCAGCGAAUCCUUGAUGGGAUCAUUUACUAUCAAUGGCCGCAUUGGCAGGAUGUGGGGAGAGUAACCAAAUUUGCAUGGUCCAUUGUUCAACUCCUCAUGGUCGCUAUCUCAGGUUUUGUUUACAUUCCACUUCGACUUUUGCGAAAGUCUCCUUGUUUUGACGAAGGUGACGGGUGCUGGUGGAACUUCAGGGAGAUCUACGAGCAUCCCUUCUCCAAGUUUAUCAACCACAGUACUUGGUACAUGGUUUUCCUGGUUUUUGUAUUUCUGAACUCGAUGCAACAUUCCUUUGCAACAAGGUUGAUGGGUCUUGAGUGGAUCGGUAUGUCACUUUAUUUUUAUUUUUUGAUAGGUAAUGCUUAAGAUGUACGGAAUAUUUGUUUUUUUAUUUCGUUAUGCCACCAAGGCUAUCUAUCGCAACCUCCAUAUCGGUAAACCAUUGCCUGGUUAUCAAUGUCACGCCAUCAAAAAUAAUAAACGAAACCAUUCAAGAGAAUACGACCAGAAUCUUGGAAGCAAAAAAAAUAUAUGUGUAAACAAGAUUCAGUUCUUGUUUUACUUUGAUUUGUAUAUGAAAUAUUCCAAGAAAUGUUUUACCCCAAUUUAAAUGAACUUUGUAUGGAGACACCAUGUUGACACCAAAUGGAAAACAGCGGAAAAAAAUCUUUCUCGCGAUUUCGGGGCUCUAAGCCCUCAUGAAAGUAAAAACUUAGAAGUCAUAGUUCUUAAUUCUGAGGUUUGAUGACAUCACGUGAGAACCAGUAAUAUGUAGGACCUCUACUCACCAAUGCAGGGAUUGUUCAUUUUCACAUAUACCAUAAUGCACCUGCUUUACCCCCCCGGAAACAGUUGCGCAAUUUCUCCUGAGUCUUACGGUCGUGCCAAGAGAAACCUAAGACAAUGGUUAUGUAAAAUUUUGAGGAGUAAACAACUUGCAUUAUGGUCUAUGUGAAAAUGGUCACUCCUCUCAAAUUUUGUGGCAAAUCUGUACAUUAGGAAAAUCUUAUUGUUAGCCUAACAUCUUUUCAAAGUUCAUUUUCCUUUGUAUUUUGUCAACAAAGAACGAGCUAAGAGAUCAAAUCCCAAUACAUAAUCCUCUUCCCAUGAAAAUUAUUUUACGUAAAUCUAUUCUUGGUUCUGUGUCAUACUGCUUGGUUAUUUUAAUGACGCCACCUUAUUGGUUGGUUAGAGUGGCGUCAUGUAAUUAAAACUUGGCGACGGGAAUUCAUUUCACUGCCGAUCGCACACAGCAAGCGAUAUGACGUGCUAACUUUCGUCGACGAGUCAAAAGAUUUCUGCGAGGAAAAAUCUCGCCAGAGUAGCUGCGGACGAGCAAAAGGGUCCUAGCUUGCGGGAGUUUAUCGGAAAAAGCGGUUCCGACUCGACGAAAAUUGCUUACUUUGGUCUUCGCUACACAUAAUAAUAUAAUAAUAAUAAUAUAAUGAAUGUUAUUUUAAUGCUAAAAUAAAGCUAAAAUACAAUAAUUAAAAUGCAUUUAAAAGCUAAACUAAUACAAAAACUUAACAAGUAACUAAAAAACUUUUGUUCUAUAUAAUUCCAAAAUACAAGUUUUAAAAAUUAGAACUGACUUAGAAACCUUCAUUUCACUUGCAAUAUUAUUAAAAAGUUUAGAUCCAUUAAAAUAAAAAGACUUCCUUGUCGUUCUGACUUUGGGGAGCAGCAAGUUGUGCCCACUUCCCCUCGUGUUGUGGACUGUUCUAAAAACCUUAAAAUAAUCUUUAAAAAACACUGGAAGGGAUCCCUUCAAGCAUUUAAAAGUCAAACUAAUAGUGUGCAUAUCACGCCUCAUAAGCAAGGGAAGCCACUUUAAAUUCUUCUCGGCGUCUGAAUCUUUGGUAUUCAAAACAAUCCUAGCUGCCCUUCUUUGUGCUCGAUCUAACUUAUCACGUUCUAUUUUCCCAAUGCUGCUCCAAGCAACAUCGCAAUAAUCCAUAACCGGCAGAACAAGAGACUGAUAAACUUUAUUGGCUGCAUCGACAGUUAGAUUGUUUCGUAUUCUUCCGAGGACACCGAUUCUCUUGGAAAUCUUAAACAUUAGCCUAUCCACAAACUACAAUUGUAAAUGACACUUAAAAUUGAAGGCAAGGCUGAUCGGAACAGCUAAGGGUAACAAAUUUAUUUGCCCAAUAUUUCGACUAGACAAACCUAGUCUUGAUCAGGGGCUAUUGUAAAAGACAGCUGUCUCUUCUGGCGUCGUCCACACAAACCCGCGAGCUGUGAUACCGUCGUAUGUCGUUUGGAUCUGGGCAGAAAAUAGGUUCUAAGUGGGUUGAAGUAUGGCAUGUUUGGCCGCCAAAAAUUUUAAUUUUGAGACGGCGCUAGAUAAAUGUUCAAUGAAAAAGAACAAAGUAGGCGCACAGGUCAACCGUGCAUCAAAAGUCUCUGGCAUCUGACCUGAUUUGUGUUCGCACAGCGAAAUAUUCAUCGCAAGUAUUAGACGUUAAGAAGAAGUAAUUAAGUUUGAAACUCUCAAGAACAAUAGCAAAUGUGCUAUUUCUGAACGAGAAAUAUUCCUGGAAAAAAAGAAAAAAUACCUUGGACAUUUGCAUUUGCAUCGUAUUUUGCGCGCGAUAACUUUUGCCUUUGUCUUUCACGGUGUGUCAGUAUUCAAUAUCCGUUACUUUAAGGUGAUUCUUUAGUAAAAGAACCUGACAUAGAUUGUAGAUGAAACUUGGUACACUAAUGUAACAAGUCAAGGAGAUGGUAAAAAAGUAAUAAAAAGUGGGGGUCGUGUUGUUUUGACGUCACAGUGCUGACAAAUACGGCUAUUCUCAUUCAUAUAAAAGCCGCCGCGUGACGAUUUAAUCGACUAGAUUACUACGUGCUCCCUUGGGAAGCAGUCUAUUGGUCCUUUACAGUCUCCAGGGAAAUUUCCUAGGCCUUUUUAUACGCCCUAGCAAACAAAUUCACCGUCUUCUCGCAAGUCUACUCUACACCGGGCAAGCAAGUUUCAUUCUUCCGCAACACGACCAGCGCCGCUGAAGCUCUUUCUUGGCUCUCGUCCCUGUUUAACCAGACCCAGCUGAUGCGGUAGCUAUUGCUUCGACAGAACCUCAACCAGCACCAACACCAUCCACCAAAGUAUCAUGUUUUAAUUUCUCGUUUCCCCCUUUUCUUGUCAAUUUGUCACAUAGGUGGCGUUUAUCUUUUUCACCAUUCUGCUCUGGAGUUUGUUUACGUUAGCGCUUUUAGGCGUCUGUGCAACGUACCAGAGGUAAGGCGACCCUUAUUUGAUUAUUGUCGCGUCUUUUGCGUCUGUUACAGUAGAACGAAAACGAGCCGGAACAUAUUUACGUUGGCGCUCCAUUGCGUCUGUGAAACGUAAAGGAGAAUCUCAACAGUGCAGUUCAGUGGAAUGUAUUUAAUUACGUUGGCGCCCUUCGGCGUCUGUGAAACGUAUAAUGAAGAAAAAAACAUUACGUUGACGCUUCUUAGCGUUUGUGAAACGUAAAGGAAGAUCCCAGCAGCUCUACUCAGUGGCAUGUUUUUAAUCAGUUACGUUGGCGCCUUUUGGCGUCUGUGAAACGUACGAUCAAGGGAUAGACAUUACGUUGACGCUUCUUAGCGUUUGUGAAACGUAAACGAAGAUCUCACCAACGCAGUUCGGUGGCAUGUUUUUAAUUCCGUUGGUGCCCUUUAACGUCUGUGAAACGUACAAUGACGAACAGACAUCAGCAUACUCCGUGCCCCCUCGCAGCUGUUCCCUUGCGACGUCUCACUUUUUAUAUUGUGUUUAUUCUUCCUCACCUAUUACACUUGUGAUCUUAGAGGUCACAUGGCAGAAACAGAAGGUGACGUAACUCCUAGAUAUCAGUAACCACAUUCUCUUUACUCUAGCGUUCUGAGUUUCGGGGAGAUUUGGCUGUACUGCAAGUUAAUGAGGUAUUCUGCAAUAAUUUACCGUCUUUUGGAUGAGUCUAUAGCACCCCUGGUGUCGGGCAAAAUUUUUCACCCAUAACUUAUCCAUCAAAAGGCAUAAGGUGGCUUUUAUGCGAAUGUGAAUUAGUUACUAUUCUCAUUCGUAUAAAAGCCGCCGCGUUACGAUUUAAUCAACUAGAUUACUGCGUGCUCCCUCGGGAAGCAGUCUAUUGGUCCUUUACAGUCCCCAGGGAAAUUCCCUAGGCCUUUUAUAGGCCCUAGCAAACAAAUAUACCGUCUUCUCGCAAGUCUACUCUACAACGGGCAAGCAAGUUUCCCCACCCUCCUCCCCUUCAGCGGCGCUGGCAAAUUUUCUCUAUCAGCCCACCUUAUGCCUUAUGCAAAAUUUUUCACCCAUAACUUAUCCAUCAAAAGGCAUAAGGUGGCUUUUAUGCGAAUGUGAAUUAGUUACUAUUUAGGACCCUUUGACAAAAACCGCACGCAGCCCAAAACUAGACAAAAAGGAGGAAUUUUUUCGAUGAUGUAAGCGGUAUCGCACAGAAUUUGACUUUAAUGUAUUGUUUAUCGACUUACGUACCAGAAAAAAGCCUUUUAGUGCCCUUGUUUUUGCUUUAUGCUCCGAAGUAGAAUUAAAUUGGACACGCGCUAUUCGACCCGUGAUAGCUCAAUCCGUACAAUUUAGUGAAAUUGCCAAAAAACUGAACAUAGAUUUGGGUAAAUUUUUGUCUCAUCGAAAGGAAGCAUUGUCCUUAUUAAAAUCAUGAAAUAAAAAAUGGGGGUCACCGUACUCGUUUUGGCGGUAGAGCUGCAGAAAGUGCGCACCAAAUACAUUUUCUCCGAUUUUUGAGAGAGGACUGGGGAGAGUUUCAAAAUCGAAUGUACGUGAAAGGGGGAAGAAAGUAUUAAAAACUCCGUUUUUAUAGAAUUUACAUCGAUAUAUCACAUUUAGGGCACAAUGUGAAAAAGAAAGCGUUUCAAUGUAAAUCAAAGUGAGUAAGUACAAGUUAAACAUCCACUAUCGAGGUUCUCCGUGAGGAAGUCGAACCCAGCAACGCGCGUACUGCUUACUUUAUACACAUUCCCAACACAUUGAGUCUCACCUCGGCAAGAAACAACACAUUCCCAACACAUUGAGUCUCACCUCGGCAAGAAACAACCGCAAGCACAACUUCCAAUAGCGUUUCUCUUCAGUCAACUCCGUUUCAAUGAUGUUACUUCAUAUGCUCUAAUUUACGGCGGCCAUCUUGUUAUGCGCAAAAAACAGAUGCGCAGUGCAAAACCAGGGAACACAACAUUCACUGUUUUGACGUUAUGCUAAUUUUUGCAAAAUAAUGCGCACUAUACAUACCUCCGUGACUAGUACAUUUUAGUUUUUGAAUGCAAAACAUUUACAAUACUCACACUGAAAUGUACUAGUCAUGGAUAUAUGAAUUGUCCGCAUUAAUUUGGAAACAUUAGUAUAACGUCAAAACAGUGAAUUUUAAGGUGUUGCGGUAAAUCAAUCUCAAUGAAAGUUUUAGACAAUUUUAUAUACAUUAUGAAGAUUAUGUGAAGAGAUUUUAAAAAAAUUCGUUCGAGUCGUUUCGGGGAUAUACAAGAAAGCGCUAAAAGUCCGAAUUCUGAAUGAAGUUGCACUUAUACAGGUGGUGAGAAAACCUCCUAGUUUUCAGCAAGAUCGCAAGAACGCAAGUACACCAAAAUUUCCUAGCACCAAAAUAUGAUAUUAAACAUCAUUCCGACCUACUUAAGAAUAAUUUGAGUCAUUUAUAACGUUUUUAUUAAAUAAUCUAUCACGGCUAUUGAAAAUUUAAGGUUUGAAAUAUAUUUUCGUUUUAGUCGAAUUCAAACAUUCAGAAUUUUUUAGUUCUUAUGGAGAUUGUUUGCCAAACACCAAACUUUAAGUUCCUAGUGUUGGAUUUUCAGUAGCAGGUCUAGAUCACACAAAAUUCGGCUUUUAUCAAUUUCAAAUUUUUUUGUUUUUUGUUAUCAUAGUAAUAUCGAUUUUACUUAAAACUAAAUUUUCACAACUUUCAAUCCGUAGCCAAUUACUGGUGAAAAUUUUAUAGCGAUCGGACAAGGAAAAAAAACACUUUUCAGGCGAUUGAAAAAUAUCGGUAUGGCCUCUGAAAAACUGUGUCGAAACACCUUAAGUGAGGUUACCAGCCGUCAGAAAAUCUUGAUCUUUAAUCUCAAAGUGAAAUUUUGACUCCAAUACCGCAAUCCGUUUUAAAGGAAAUUCAUUCCGAAGUGUGAGGAGAACGAGUCGAUCAAAAAACAACAACUUGUAGCGAAAUUUGUUGUAUCGCGCUGUGCGUUUUGCAAACUUCGAAGGGUUUUUGGGUUCCGUCAAUCAUCUUAGCAGACCUCUCAGGAAACACAUGUUUGCUUGUUCAGGUUCAAAAGGUCAUGGUUUGUGAUUCGUGAUUGGUGGAUUUCGAUCCGUUUUCGGAAUUACUUACACUAGAAUGGCGCAGAUGUUGGGAGUAUCUCGUUGGACUAUAUAAAGAAGGAUCAAAGAUUAUGGUUUAGAAGAUUUUUGGUCGUUUAGUAAACUGUCUGAUGACAGGGAAAUCUAGUCAGUUUUUUUGAAGAACAGAGUCAAGAAACCAUGAAAGGUCAGACUUCGCAUCGAAGUGGAGACUUGUUUCACCUUUACGAGAUUCUAUGUCCUUAGCCGGCAUUCUAGCCGCCGCCGCUGCCAUGUUUUUAACAAGCAAUAAUAUGCGUCACUGAUCAGAAGUAGAGAGGGCUCAAAAGACUUAAUGAACUGAAACGAAUAGUUGAAUGUUGAAUGAGUAGUUGAAUGUUGAAUGAAUAAUUGAAUGUUGAACGAAUAGUUGAAUUUUGAACAAAUAGUUGAAGUUGUUGAAUAGAUAAUUGAAUGGGUAAAUGAAGAACUGAAAUUAAAAUGAAUAGCUGAAUGUUGAAUGGAAAGUUGAAUAUUGAAUAACGCGUUGAAUGAUGAAUAUAAGUUGAAUAUAAAACGCAUAGUUGAAUACAUAAUACAAAAUUACAUAAAAAAUUAAACGAAUUGAAUAUUGCUACAUUUGGCUUGCCAUACGUGGCACAGCCUCUUACAUACAUACAUACAUACGUACAUUUUUAUUAAUCCUAGAAGUCAUGUGACUAUACAGGAUGCUAAAACAGUCAGCUACGAAAUAGAAAAGGAGGCAAAAAAAAACAAACUAAAUUAAGUUAUUUACAACAAAUAAAUAUUUACAUUGCAUUUCAAUAUUGUCCUAUGGAUGGCAAAGCAUUCGCUUGGAAGUCAGUAACAGACUCAGCAUUAACAGCAGACAGUUGGGAAGGCCAUUUCAAAGGGGGAUAACAAGUGGGAAAAAGGAAAACUUAUAUGCAUUGGUGCGAGCAAAGAUAUGUCUGAACUUAUGAGGAUGGUUAGAGCCAUUCCUUCUAUGAGGGUGUGAAUGGGGUUAACGUUACCGACUAGCGACAGAGGGCGAAAAAUGUUACUGACUACCGACAAAAUGAGUAAAAAAUUACCGACAGGAAAAAUAUUAACCGACUACCGACAUGGGCUGAUAUUAUCAAUAUUUGUUUCCAGAAAAAAGAGCAUUUUGUAUUUAAUCUAACCGUUAGCUCGAGGAAUUAAGUAACCUCUUUAAAUUUAUGACUCGUCAGAUGGCCUAAGGGAAAGAAUUUCCUUUUUUUGUUGCUGAUACAGGUACAUUGCUACAGUCAAUACCAGAAUCACAAAGUCACACCUUAAAGAUGCUACCGACUUUAUAAAUUUUAUUGAAAAGUCAAAGGUGAAAAAAACCGAACGUUUUUUGCUUAGAUUAAUCCUCAAAGAAAAUUCUUUCCCGUUUAAUGUAAAGAACUAUCAGUACAAACCCACGUUACCGCGAUGAGCACAAAGACAGCAGUUUCCUUUCCAACAUUUUCAUGGCACAUAUUGAAACACAAAGUUUAAGCGAAACCGUCUUUAAACCAACUGUUUGAAAACGCUACAUAAAUGACAUUUUUUCCCUAUGGGACAUAAGUAAACCAGACAUCGUAGGUUUCUUCGCGGAAUAAGUAAACUUACAUGCCCUCCUAUGAAAUUCACGGCCGAAAGAUCUGAAAAUGAGACAUUCUUUUUACAAACGGUUGUAUACCAAGGUACAACAUUCAGCGAAAAAAUGAGAAAAAGCUAUCCUUGACGUAAAGACGCAUUUGAAACGGAAACCUUACAGUAUAUACAUUUUCACCUCUUAUCACCCACCAAUUGUUAAAGCGCCUGUUUGACAAACGAGAAGCCUUGAGAAUCCUAGGAACAAACUCCUCUGAGGAAGUAUUUCAGAUUUCAAAAGCGCUUGAUGGACAGGGGCUAACCACACAGUUUUGAAAGAAAAAUUGCUAUUAGAGGUAAAACUCACAGAAAGGAAGGCAGCGCUCCUGAAAAAAAAACAACCCGGAAGAAAAAGACUGAAAUAUUGCCUUUCGUGACACAAUACCAGCCCUUAGUGUCUAUGAAAAAGAAGCUUUAAUGAAAAAGUGGAAUCUCAUACAAAACCAACCACUACCUUGCCAAAAUUUUAAAGAACCACCUAAAGUGCUAUUUCUUUGAGAAAGGAAAAUUAUGGCAAAGGACAUGCUUGUUAGAAUCAAAACAUGAGAGGGAUGGAUGUGCAGCCUGUCAUCCCUUGCAGUUUUUCAAUAAAAAUAAUUUAAGUAUCCAAAAGGCUAGAGUCCAGUAAGUAAUUAAUUAAUUACUUUUUACUGUGCCCUGUAGUCGACAAGGAAACCAAGUUCGCAUUUACAAUAAAGGCUUGGGUGAUUUUGUCAGUACUAAUUAUUCAUUUAAUGGCAAACAAUGAUGAAAUAAACGUUCAUGUUUCAUAAAAAUCAAGAGUUAAUGAACGGUUUAGGCGCAAUCAAAUGAUGCAUUCUUGCAAGUUUUACUCUUUCCUUAGGGAUCAAAGUCUUGAAAAGUGGGGAAAUACAUAAAAAUAUUAAUAAUUAACAAGCGUUUUUACUUAUUAACUGAGAUUUUCCGACAACCGGCGAAAAUCGAAAAGUUUAACCGACUACCGACAAAAUUACUGAAUUUUAAUCGACAACCGACAAGUGGACCCCCCCAUUCAGACCCUCUUCUAUGAGCUAAGAUGACAGAUGCUGGAAAUGUUAAGUGAGUCCAGUUGUGCACAGCUUUAUACAUUAUGGUAGCGGUGUUUAGAUGUCGACGGACUUCAAGAGUGUCCCAGCCCAGCGAAUGCUGCAUAGUAGUUACGCUGGAAAACUGUGAAUAAUCUGAACAGACAAAUCUUAUAGCGCAGCAUUGGACAGCCUCUAACGCUUUUAUGUGUUGUUUUUCAAAAGGGCUCCAGGCAUCUGACGUAUAUUCUACAUGGGGUCUCACGAGAGAGUUGUAUGCUUGGGUCUUAACAUACUGGCUGCUUCCUGAAAAAUUUCUACGUAAUAGACCCAGUAUCUUCAUAGCUUUGUUUUUCACAGAUUUUACAUGAGAGUCCCAUUCUAGGUUAUCGUGCAUCAAAACACCAAAAUAUUUAUGGCAAAAAAUUGAUUCUAGUGGGAUAUUAAAGAGCCUGUAAACAGCUGGAAAGUUAAGGGGAGACCUAGUAAUUGACAUGAUGUUAUGUUUAGUUAAAUUAAAAUUCAUUUGCCAAGUAGCAGCCCAGCAGGAUAGAGUGUCUAGGUCUUGUUGGAAUAAACUGACAUCAUAAACAUUUGAGAACAGCAUCAUCAGCAAAUAACUUAAUUUAGAGUUAAGGUUAUGUACAAUAUCAUUGAUGUAAAUCAGAAACAGGAGGGGACCUAUGACUGUGUCUUGAGGGACACCAGGGGUAACACUAAUCCAAGAAGACCUUGGGCCAGAGACCUGGACAUACUGAGUGCGAUCUAGUAGGAAGUUCUCGAUCCAAGAAAGACUGUUACCAGUGAUGCCAUAAUAAUUAAGUUUAAGUAGGAGUCUCUGGUGGGGAACUGAGUCAAAGGCCUUUGAAAAGUCAAUUAAAAGUACGUCUGUCAUGGUUUGUUUGUACAGCGAAGACAACCAAUCGUCAAGGACGGAGAUAAGCUUGGUUUCAGUAGAGAACCCUUUCCGAAAGCCAUGUUGGUGAGGAGUAAGGAUAUUAUUGAUCUCGAGAUGGUUAGAUUAAUGGCUGCACAGAACAUGUUCGAUGAUUUUACACGAGAUGCAUGUCAAGGAGAUUGGCCUAUAGUAAUUUGGCAAGGAUUUAUCAUCCUUCUUAAACACAGGAGAAACAAGUGCCUUCUUCCACUCCUCAGGGAGGUUGCCACUUACAUAAGACUGAGUAAAGAUCACUUGCAAUAUCUGAGCACAUUGUGGGGCGAAGGUCUUCUUCUCUUUUCUUUUUAAACAGUUAAGCUUACUGCAGGAUAUGUAAAUAUUUAGCUCUACCGUCCCCACCCCCCAUGUUUGAGUAAUCGUUGCCCUCUGACUGGUAUGAUUAGAAUACACAUGUAUGCACGAGUUAGCAAUGGUAAUUAGUGGUUAAAUCCGAAUCAAUCCUUGGUUAAAUCCGUAAAACACUACACUUACCACUGUAUGCUCCCUACCAUACCAGCUUAUUCAGCGGGAAAAGCCGAAUUACAUAAGUCAAACCAAUCGUGAUCAGUCAUUAUGAAUUUCUCUUUUCUUUUCAGAUUACGUGAUAUCUUUCUUUGUCUUGGGUUUUCUGGUGCAGGAAUACUUAGAGGCAAAAAGACAGGGAUGCUAUGUUUAUAUGUCAAAAUGGUGGAAUAUUGUGGACACGAUUAUAAUCUUGACCUUUCUUGUGAGUUAUGCAAUGUGGAUGAUCUCUUGGCGACGUUUUGGUAAAUGGAAUCCACGGGAACAAGUUUUCGUAAUAGCCGAUGUGUUGUAUGCAAGUGCCACGGUGGUGGCCUUCUUUCACUUGACGCACAUUUUCCAGGUAAGUUGA